AUGUGUGCCCUGGUGGAGGGCGUGUCAGGGCACUACAGGCAUAAAUGGCGAUACACGACGGAGGGAAUUGAUGUUUUACCUGAGGUGGUGCGUGCCGUGAAUGGCCAGUGUGAAGUCUACUUGGAUGGGGGUGUCAGAACAGGCACAGAUGUACUAAAAGCUCUGGCAUUAGGAGCUAAAGCAGUUUUCAUUGGUAGACCUGCACUGUAUGGGCUGGCCUAUGAUGGUGAGGCAGGUGUGAAGACAAUUCUCCAGAUUCUUAGAGAUGAGCUAAGCUUAGCCAUGGCCCUAGCAGGUUGUGCCAGCUUAUCUGACAUUAACAGUUCUUUGGUGGUGCAUCAGUCAUAUUAUCUUCAUCCAAAACUGUAAACUGACACAAGCAAGGGUAAUGGUACAAGACUGUGAUAACACAGAGAUUUGAUGGGUUUUCAGCCCAAGCCCAAAUUUAUCCAAUUUAAUGAUCACCCUGUAAUACACACUUCCACAUCAUUCUUUGUUAAAAAAGUCCAGAGUUGGCAAAUGGCCACAUAACCAUGAAAAUUAUCAAAAUUUUAGUAGCAUUUUUUAGAGUUUUAUGUUUUUACAUACAUAAAGAUAAUAUUUAGUGAAAAAUUUAAACAUAUAUGAUAACGAUGCAUGGUGUGGCCAGUACUACAUCAUUUAUGGUACUUUUACCAAUUGGAGGAAUGAAUAAAUAGGUCACUUUACAACCAAUAUUUUGAAGAAUGUGCAGUUUUAAAGCUUUUUUUGGCAGAACGAAGGAUUGAUUUAUUUAUAUUAUGACUUGGCAUGUUGAAUUUAUUUUAGUUGUUUUCGAAACUAGUGGAAAUGGUUUGCAUGCGUCGCUUGAUAUCUCAAAUACUUUAUAUAUGUAUCUUUUCAUAAAUGUUUUCUUCCACUGUAUUCACAUAACUUAUAUAAUUAUUUCACAGUAUUCACAUAAUCUAUUGAAAUUUAAAGUAUAAAUAUAUUUUUUCUUAAACUUUGAUGUUCUUCAUGGCUUCUUUGUUUAUACAUAUAAAUUGUAAAAGGAUAUUUGCACAAAGAAAUACUUUUUCAUUAAACACCCAGUUUCAGUGCUUAAAUAUUGUGGUUGAUAUAGCAGGCACAAUGGUACAUUUUGUUGAAGAUUAAUUUUACAUGUACCAACACAUCUGUUAUGAUUCUAAUAAAGAAACAUUAUGUAAACAAGU